AUGGACGUCGUCGCACGUAUUUUGACAUUACCACGAGAGCUGCGGGACAACAUCUACAUGCAGUUAUGGCAACCGGACGAAAAACACGAUCCGACUCGCAGUGUAAUCUGUUGGUGGGAACUGUUCCAUGAGCCUUGGUUCAGCAUAGACCACGAUCCCGACACACCAGCAGGGCCUCAUUUCAUCGACAAGACUUUCGUAGGACCCGUGUUCGCUAAAGAGGCCCUCAAGCUAUUCCAGGAUAUCGUCGGCAAAGACCUGCGCCCAGUUGACGACAAGGAUCCCGUAGCUGAAUGCCUAUUGCUCGACACUUCCGUGGCGGACUUCGUGAGGAGAGACGCAUUUGGUGUUGGAUUUACCAUGGAAGAGCUGGCAAGGAAUUUGGAUCUGCGUGUGACCUUCCAGUGUGACGCGCUGACUGACAGCGAAUUCUCCGAGAUUCAGGAGAGCAAGACACACGAUCAAGGCUCGCGCACGGCGGAUGCAACGGCUUAUACACGAGAAGACUAUCUUUCAGAGAUCAAUGACGGCGUCACGGCUUUGCUGGACAUUUCACACACUGAACGUGUUACUACUCACAACGAACACCGUCGCCACAUGCAGACCCGAGCCAGAGUUGUUACCUUGGCUAUACGACAAGAAGAAGACUUGGGCCCGGGCUGGGAUCAUGGUUCGCUGUUCCUGAAACUUGUCGCUCGCACCUACCAUGGGCUGAGAGCCAAAGGCUUCGUAGUCAAAGUCGAGUAUCACAGCGAAGAGAUCGAUCUCAAGGUAUUGUUUGAGGAUGACGUCUGGACUUGGACGGAAGAUGAAUGGGAAAUCAACCUCUUUAGAAAGAACAUGAUAUCAUACGUACAAACGUCCGGCAAUUCACCCCAGAGGUACGUUUGGGCACAACUCAGGGACCAUCUGUUUCGACACACAAACCAAGACGAUCUCACCGCAUGA